GUUCCAGAUCAGUCUCGAUCCAGCAUACCUGUUCGAUCUUUAACGCCCUCAUGGUCGUUAAAUAACCUCCCAAACUCCUCCCGUUCACUUCCUCUUAGUCCAAUCCCACUGCAAUCGUUAAGUUACGCCAGUUCUGCUAUCAUACGCUGCUGAUUCAGUUUCUGCCGGCGCACGAUAUACAACAUGGGCUUACUUGACCAGCUCUGGGACGACACCGUCGCCGGGCCCCGGCCCGAUAUCGGUCUUGGCAAGCUCCGCAAGCACAAAACCUUCAGUUUCCGAUCCAGCUCCGCCAAGGGAUCGUCGGAUGGAGGGAGCGUGGGAUCGUACGGUGAGGAUUCGACAGAGGAGGCGACGAGAGUUACACGGAGUAUUAUGAUAGUGAAACCCCCAGGAUAUGGGAGCGGUAACAGCGGAUCGCCUCCGAUUUCGCCAGCUGGGUCUACGCCUCCAGUGUCUCCGUUUUCUGGCAGCAGCAUGGGAAGAUUCAGGAGGAGGUCGGCAUCGGAUGCAUACGAGAAGGCAAGCCAGGUUGGUGGUGGAGGAGCAAGGAGCAGCCCCCGGUCUCCUUUCGACGUGUGACCAAAGGACGACAUGUAGUGAUAUAAUGAAGAAGCCCUUUCUUUGCUAAGUUUGGGUGUUGCAGGGUGGUGUGGUGUUUGUUUUGAAGCUAUAAAUAUAUGUAUUGUAUGUGAUAUAUAUAUAUGUAGAGAGAGAGAGAGAGAGGGAAGGAGGGAGAGAGAGUAGUUUUGUAUGUAAGAUGUGAGAAAUGUGGAUGGAGUUGCUAAUCUAAUCUGCUAUAUGUAUCAUGUAUGUGUACAUAGUGUUUGUUCUCUUGCAAGUCGUCUUCUUUGGCAUCUGAAUGAAUAAAAAGUAUUUACUUUUCUUGGCA